CUCGGGCCCCGCCUCGGGCUGGCGGGCCCGCCCCGGCCGCAGUCCGCUCUCGUUCCGCAGCAUGGAGCCGCAGCUCGGCUUCCGCGGGCGCCGGGCCCUGGUCACUGGAGCUGGGAAAGGGAUCGGGCGCGCCGUGGCCGUGGCGCUGAGCAAAGCUGGGGCCCGCGUGACAGCGCUGAGCCGCACAGCGGCGGACCUGGAGAGCCUCGGCCAGGAGUGCCCGGGCAUCGAGCCCCUGUGCCUGGACCUGGCCGACUGGGACGCCACGGAGGCGGCGGUGGGCGCGGCGGGGCCCUUCGAGCUGCUGGUGAACAACGCGGCCGUGGCGGUGCUGCAGCCGUUCCUGGACGUGACGCGGGAGGCUCUGGAGCGGUCUUUUGAUGUGAAUCUUCAUGCUGUGCUUCACGUUUCCCAGAUUGUGGCUCGGCAGAUGAUUGCACAGGGGGUGGCAGGUGCUAUUGUGAAUGUCUCGAGCCAGGCGUCUCAGCGUGCUCUGCGGGAUCAUGCUGUGUACUGUUCCACAAAAAGUGCUUUGGAUAUGCUGAGCAAGGUAAUGGCAAUGGAACUAGGACCCCACAAGAUUCGGGUUAACACUGUGAACCCCACAGUGGUUAUGACUGACAUGGGGAGAAUUAAUUGGAGCGACCCUCAGAAAUCUGCUGCCAUGAUUAAUCGAAUUCCACUGGGAAAAUUUGCAGAGGUGGAUGAUGUAGUGAACAGCAUUCUCUUCCUGCUGAGUGACAAGAGCGCUAUGACAACUGGCAGCUCACUGAUGGUUGAUGGGGGAUUUCUUGUGUCCUAAGAUGACACCUGCAUUUCACACCUGGCCUUAAUUUCCAUACUAGUACUUCAUAGAUGUAAACUGCAUAGGAAACAAUGACACAGACCCAGUCUUCCUGGAGAAGAGGGGCAGCAGGCUGGAAGCUUUAUGAGAAGGGUGGCAGAAAACUACCUUUAGAAGAUGGCUGUAUAAUAAAGAUCACGUACACCGUCAUGGAGAAUGUUUAUUGCACCAAAUAAGGUUUUAUCUUGUCACUCUACAUGAUGAUUAGAAAUUGGACCUGUCUUUCUUCCAACCCUAUUCCCCCAAAACAACCCUUGAGAAGCUCUCCCUGUUCCAUCCAACUCCAUAGAGCUGGCCUGCAUUUUCAAUGGGAAGGGAAAGAAGAAGCUAGCAGACUCCUCAUUGUUUCCUUUGCUGUCUUUAGUAGAAAAAAAAAUAAAACAGAGGCAACAACCACAGCCCUGCUCUGCAGAGACUGGAUUAAGAGGGGGGAGGCCCUGCUAAAGACUGAUGGGGGGGGAGCAGCACCAUGCUCUCCCAGUGUGUAUACACACAGAAAGGCAAGUACAUCGAUUGCACGGAGCUGUUUCAUUCAGUGAGUUUAGCUAGUACCCAAUAAAGCACCUAAUGGUUAGUUCUUCA